GAGUUUGACACUUGCCUGUCACUCUGACUGUGUUUAUACACGAAAAUUAUAUACAUUCGCAACAUGUGUUUUGAGUUGGAUUAGAAUCAAUUCCACAUUCUUUUUUGUUAUAAAAUUAGUUGUUUAGUAUUUAAAAAGUUUUAGUUCCUUAUUAAUUGACAUAGUUUAAUUCAAUUGACAUAACAACAACCGUAGAAAAAUAUGGAAAAUAGUGACAAUAUCGACUCGACGGUGAACAAUUCACGGCCAAAUUCAACAGCUGAUGACAACGAAGAAGAUGAGAAAGAUGUUUGGCUCGAUUUGAUAGGAAUUGCUGCCGAUCCGCCGGAUAGACGUGAAAAAUGUGAAAAUUGCCAUCGUCCACAAGUUGUGUGUUGGUGUUCAUCGGUGCCGUCGCCACCGCUACGUAGUCGCUCACGAAUUGUAAUUCUUCAACAUCCAGCCGAACAAAAGCGAUGCUUGCGAACAGCUCCAAUGUUGUCACUGGGAUUGGAACCAGGAAAAUGCUUGGUUUUUAGAGGCAAACGUUUCCCGCAAUCACGGCAAGUUGAAGGUGAUGUUAGCUUAGAAUCGAUAAUGACGGCCAAAAAUACGUUGCUUUUAUACCCUAGCAAAGAUUCAAUACCAUUGGAUGACUUGGAUCCAUCCGAUGGCCUAUUCAAUUUGAUUUUGCUCGAUGGAACAUGGCCACAAGCAAAGGGAAUCUAUGCGACAUCACCUUUAUUGCAUAAAAUGCGUCAGGUUCGAUUGGUUAUGUCACGCACCAGCACUUACGUCAUCCGAACACAGCCGAUGGAAGGAUUUCUGAGCACAUUGGAAACAGCCGCCGAAGCAUUGGCCGUUCUGGAACGUGAUGACCGUUUCCGCGAUGAAUUGGUCCGGCCGUUGCAGACGCUGUGCAAAUUUCAACUGGCAAAUGGAGCCGUUGAACAUCAAUCGAAAGAAUACUUAAUCAAAAAUAAUCAGUACAACAAACCCGUUGGCCAUCGGUUGAACAAAUUGCUGCGGGCAGCCAAAUGUUCCAAAUCGGCCGAAGAAAGUAACAACAAUGACGAUGAUGGUGGAGAGAAAAAAUUGAGUGAAUCAUGAUUGGAAGGAUAAAAUGAAUGAAAUGAUUCGAUGUUUUUCUAGAGAAAAGUAUCACCGAAUUGAUGGAAUUAAAUGAAAAUUUGGAUUUUGUAAAGAAAUAAUUUUGGGAGUCCAAUUAAUUUGCAUCGGAUUUUCGAUUUGAAACAAAAAUUUGAUAACAAAUCGAUUGAGAGCAAAUUUUUGAUAAAAAAAUAUCAGUUCAUGGCCCAUUUUCAGCAUUUUUUUUUCAAUUCGAUUCCAAACAUAUUUUUCAAGCAAAAUCCAAUUUUUCAUUUAAAACACUCAAAUUCAAACAAUUUUUCCCAAAUAGGAAACGUUUUUCUAAUUUCUAUCUAAAUAGAUCAAAAAAUUUCAGAACUGUAUAGAAAUGAUACGUAGAAUAAACAAACUUAUUUAAUGUUAUGUUGAAAAGAAAUCUAUGUAAAAACGAAUUAUAAUUAGUUUAUCACAUUUUGUGAUUCAUUUGAUUUUUUGUUUGAUUUAUUUCACUCAUGUUGUGAUCAAGUUUAGUUCUAUGCAUCGGAAUUCUCAUCAAUUGCAAGAGAAAUAUAAAAAUGAUAAAAAAAAAUAAAAUCUGUUUUCAAGAGAAAUAAUAAAAAAAAAUAUUUAUUUAGACAAAAAA